UAUGUUUUUGCAGCGAGGGGAAGGUGAAAAAUCCCCGGAUAGGACCGUAAACAAGAAGCAUGCGAGAGUGUGAGCUGAGGGAGUGAGGUUUGUGUGGCUGCUGCUGCUGUGAGGGCCGACAGGGAGUGGAGGAAAACACCGCGACGCCGCUUCCAGCCGUUCAUGCUGAAAAAGAAAAAAAAAAAACCCAAAACAGCCCAGAGAGACCAUCCAGCAUUUGAAGGGGAUGAGGAAUGGAAGCUAUGUGGAAUUCUGUGUAAGAGGGAAAAGGCACAAAUAAAAGCCACAGGACUGGAAGACUACAGGAAGCCCGCAAAGGCAGGGAACUACAUGCUUCACAGCCCUCCCUGCCUUCUUUAACUGUGAUGGACAUUUCAAAGCGCUCUGUCCUUGGCCACCCAGGAGAGGUGAUGCAGGAUUAAAUCACAUGCUCCAUCAAGACUGAUCACAAACCAAACCUGCCAAGACUUCAUUCUCUAGUGCCUAAGGUCCUCUUGAGUCUUUACUAGAGGUUAGAGCGGUACAAACUUGGACGAACACUGCUCAACAUCAGGCACGAUUAAUGUUUUUUCAGUGAGGGUUUGAAAAAAAGGCCCAGCCACGGCCCACGGGAGGGUUUCUGAGCAGCUUUUGGAGGAGAGUCCUGCUGCACUUACAGAGGAGAUGGGUAACAAAAACACCAACCUACCCAAAGGCCCUGAAGCUGAGGCCACACAAAAAGAAGAAGGGGUGCCCGUCGAUAGCACCACAGGAAGUGUCUCCAGAGAUGGCUCACAGGGCCCCACCCCAGAGCUGCUGGCCUCCCUGCAAUCCCUUGGAGAAAACAGCGACUACACACUGCUGCCACACUCCUUGCACCAGGUUGCAGAGGCCUACUCACUCAACGAGGACUACCAGUGGGCCAUCCAGUUCUUACAGCUAGAGAAGCUCUACCAUGAACGCCUGCUCUCCAACCUCACAGUCCUGCAGGAGAACUGGGAGAGCCAGUGGGGACAGAAGGACUCUGACAGCAGCUUGUCUGCUGAGGCAGACGGCAGCCGUGAGAAACACUUUGAGACACUGAGCCAGAUCUGCAGAACGCACCUCAGACCAUCCAUCAGUGUGGAACAGAACAAGCUCAACACAACGAUGAAAGACAAUCAGUUGAAGAGAAAAGCACCGCAGCCCCAUCACGAUGAAGUCAACAUGCCUCAAACAGCUCAGCAGGAGGAAGAAAAAGAACAGAGCACGAUCACAGAUUUAGAGCUUUCAUCAAUACAGACCGGCUGUGAGGAGGAGGAUGGAGAUACAUGUGAGGAAGGGCAGGAAGUAGAAGAAGAAGAGGAGCCGUGUGAGGAGACUCCAGAAGAGGAGGAGGUGAAGGUGGAGUGGCCAACAGGAGUGCCUCAGGCAUCAGAUAAGGACCUGGCCAAACUGUCACACAAAGAGGGGAACUUCUCUCAAGAUGGUCUGGUUUCCAUUCUGAAAAGGAGGAGAGCGUCGCUGGAUGGAUUACCUCCCCCAAGCAAUACUGCUAAUAAACAAAAUUCCAAACGCAAAGUUCGAUUCAGCGAGCCAGAGGAUGGAACUGAGCACGAUGAGGUGGGUGGAGAUUCCUGCCUGAUCCUGCUGCUGCUGUGCCUAGUUACUGUGGUGAUCAGCAUAGGUGGGACUGCGCUUUACUGCACCCUGCUGGACACUUACUCCAACAUCUGCAUCGAUUUCACCCACAACGUUGACUUCUACGUCAUGAACCUACGGAGACUUUUGGAAGGGCUUGGACGCUGGCUGCCCUUCCGGACGUAGACCGUUAACCUGCGAUCCAGACACUAACUUUGUCAGACUCCAGACAAAUGAUUGGCUGCAGUUUAGAGUUAAUACAACAGUGAAAGAACUCACUAGCAUCCAAAAUGUUUAAAGCUUUGAUUUCUUCUACCCUGAAUGAAAAAGAGGUGUUUAAACAGAGGAGCUCGUAUCAUUUGUCUAAGAUUUGUGAAUUAUACUUAAGUAACUAAACUGGUGCUCAUAGCAACACCAUACAGUAAAAUGGUCAGAAUUUCACCUCAGAUGAUAAAUGUGGUGAUGUAUGCAUGUUGUGCGAUAAAAGUAAAAAACAACAACAAAAAAAUUUGUUUACUACAAUCUGUGUGGUUGUUAUAGAUACCACACAAGAGGGCUCACAUGUCUCAGCUCUAUUUAUAUGAAGACAGAAGAAGUAGUGGAUCUGUUUAUUAGUGUUUCGCUCUCACAUUUGUAGCAGUAGGUGCAACUGUGGAUACAUUUGUCUUAUAUGUUCCAGAUUUUCCUUGUUUCAGUUUAACUUGUAUAGAUAAAAGCUGUCAAUCAAUAGGAUUAUAUUUAUGUGUGUGUUUUAGAAUGAUCAGUAGGCCAAAGAAUUAUUUUCCAGGCCUCCCUGUUCAGUUUUAUUUAUACAGCGCCGAAUCACAGCAGUCACCUCAAGGUGCUUUAUAUUGGAAGGUAAAGACCCUACAGUAAAACCAACAGUCAAAAUGACAUCCUGUGAGCAAGCACUUGGCAACUGUGGGAAGGAAAAACUCCUUUUUAACAGGAAGAACCCUCCAGUAGAACCAGGUUCAGGGAGGGGCAGUCAUCUGCUGUGACCGGUUUGGGGUGAGGGGGAUGGUGUGCUGUUGAUAGGCCAAAAAUAUAAAAAUACAUAAAUAAAUGACUCAUUGACUAAAUGAAUAUGUCCCCAAACUUUUUUCUACUUCCUUUUUACAUUUUUUAUGCAUUUCUGCUUCAGUUUUGGUCCUCCAUAGAUGACACAUGCUGAUAAAUAAGUAGUGAGUACACGUGUGUGGACAUAGUGGUACACGGCGGUUCUACAGUUUGAAAACCAAGAGGCCACAAAGAUUUUCAUAUUUUGGAAGAACAUUCAUACCAAAUGCAAAUAAGCCGAUAUGAUUUCACUGAAAGGAGUCAUAGCUGUGUGUUUACCUUCGGACGUUCCUUUGUUCUUAUUACGACCAGUUUAAGAAGGAAUUUUAUGCUGUAUGUAAGAACCCUCUUCAAAAUAAGGCAUUAAUGAAUCUUUAAAUGUAGAUUCAGGAAGAGGGGUGUGGUUAUUAUUAUUCAAUCUUCAUUGUGGUCAUCAUCAUGGUUUGCCAUGUGCAAGUUAGUGACUUAAGAGCUGCUCCACAAUCUCAGGCACUUACCCCGUGUUUAUACUUUAGGUGCUCAAUGUUUUCAUGUUUAUCUCAACACGUGUGGUCCUUAAACCUCUGUUCUAAGUCAUGAUUUGUGAUUAUUUUUCCUUCUGUGUGCAAACAGAUACUAAAUUAUAUUGAAAGUGACAGAAGGACCGUCUGCAUUGGGGACCAGGUCAUGUUCACAGAAUAGACGCGAUUUUAAACAAAAGCGGAGCUUUGUGGAGUAUCAGUUGUGUUUUUUUGGCUGGUUCAAGCAAUGCAACAGGAAACAUACCUGCAGAUACUUCAUGUCACUGGACCCGAGAAAAUAAAGGUCGACCAGUUUGUUUAUCAUUUGCUUUGUUUAUCUUAGCUUUCCUUUUGAACUCCAGAUGUUUGCAAAGUGGCAGAUGUUGCCUCUGUAUUGUCAAUAUGGACACUGUUUACCAACAAGUGUUGCAAUAUGCAAU